GGCAAAAGCCAAGUGGGCGGGGCACAUGCAAUCUUCAUUCUGAAGUUCUCUGUAUUUCUGCUACAGGCUUAGAUCUAGCUGCUAAGCUAGCUAUGGGACGAGUUAGUAAGCACAAGAAGAUAAAAGCAAUGGAUCCAUUCUACAAAGGACCCAAGAGAGAGCCAUCCAAAGAAGAGAACCUUCCCCCAGGCAGUCUCACUGAUGAUCAGCCAGUGCCAAAAUCUCUAUUGCGUAUUGUUCGCUCAAGUUCUGGAAAGUCUGAUAAGAAGAUGAAACGAAGACAGAAACCAACCGAAACAUCCCAUACCAAGGAGAUGGGAAUUAAUGCUUUGGAGGAGCAGACAUUUUCACGUAGGGAGGGAGAGAGUCUUAACGAUUAUCUGGACAGAAUCGACAUUGAGAGCAGGGAACGCUUGGUGGAGUUGUCUAAGAAGAGCAAAGGAACCUCAGAGAGAAGGAAGAAGUACUAUGAAAAGAGAAAGAAGAGAUUAGCGUCAAAGAAGGGCCAUAAAGACGAAGGUGUCGAGUUCAAUGACCUGAAAGAUACUGUUCGGUUUGGAGAGGUUGUGAGCGCCCCUCCCAAACUAAGUGCUAAGCCUCGAAGAAAAUCGGAUAAGGUUCAGAUUACUCUACCCAGUGGCAAAUCAAACAAGCCAGACCAAGGCCCUGUUGUUGUCGGAUUGAAGAGGAAGCAAGACAUUGAAGAAGAGAGAGAGAGACUGAUUCAACGAUAUAGAAUGGCUAAAAAAACAAAAGUCGAAAUAACUAAACAGCAAUAAAUUACGUGGAUUAACAGAACUAUAGCGCUUUUAAUGUGAUCAUGUGUGCACCGUUCAAUUUCCUCUCAACGUAAUUAUUAUUUGUGCUGCUGUGCGUCUUUUCAUGCAUUUAUGUAUUGAUCUGGUAUUAUUA